CGGUUACAGCACCAGCGAUGUCCUUGACAUGUCCUUAACAACCCAUAUAAAGUCUCAGCUAGUCACUUGUGGUACUCGAGUGUGCUCUGAGAGAAGAUUUUUGUCCUCCCCACCCACCUUUGGCAGAAAGGGUAAGUCGGGUCUGGUAGUCUACUCACGUUGGAUUUGUGGCCAGCGUUGCAUCCGUGCCAGUCCUACACGUUCAUGGAGGGCCCUCAGCAGACCCGUCAGCUACUUGGAAUCUCUCACGUGCUAUCUGAGAAGCACUCUGCUUCUGAUUGUUGCGCCGAGGACUUCACAGUCAUUGAGCUCGAUCUUCCCGGCAACAACAGUUACUGAAUACUCUGGAGAGGAUGGUGCCCAGUCCAAAGUAAUGACUUUCCAAACGUCUGAUUGAGCAGUCACAUCCUCUGUAAACGUGCAGGAUUUCACCACGCUGUCUCCUCUCUGUUUGGCUGAGUUGUGUUCCAGCAUACUUUCCUUGCUGCCAGAUAUGUGUGUGGCUAGAAAAGAGAAAGAUUUCAGACUGAGCUGUGACCAGAACUCAGUGAGUGAUCUGUGCAUUAGAUAGCCCUGGAAUAAAAAAGAUGACGAAAUGUGGUGCAUCUGCCAAAACCAGUAAGCUAUUACCCCUCUGUUAGAGGCAGUGAGAAGAGAGCAGGAGGAAAAGUGCGCGUUCAGUUGGCAGCAGAACUCAUUGCGAAGUUUAGCAGGAAGCCCAGACGAUUCUGAAAGUCCCAGUUGUCAUCUUCUAAAUGGAUUCCAGUGAAUUUUCGGGAUCUUUGGACCCGCUGUCCUUGCCUGACAAACCACUUAUUGGUGAUCUCCCUGCUGACAUGGAGUUUGGGGAAGAUCUCCUCGGCUCCCAAACAGCUUCUACCCAGGACGCUUCGGUUCUUCAGCCCCCUGACUGGGAUCAACCCAAGCAGAUGACUGCAGAUGGGGACUUGGACCUUCUAGUGAAAGCAGACAGCCUGUCUGAACUAAACAAGUCAGAUGAUCUCGAUCUGGCUAAACCUGGUGUCAUGGACAUGCUGGAGAAACCUGAUGUCUUAGAUGAGCUGGACAAAACUGCUGACUUGAUGGAGCUAGAUAAAGCGGAGGAUCUGGAUGGGCUAUACAAGGCACAUUCUUCCCAGGAUGUGGAGGAUGGGUCAGGAGACUCCUCUGCCCUCACUAGAGAAGCCCUUGUUCCAGAAACAUGGAAAGAAGGGGAAGAGGCACCAAAAAAUGAUUCUGGGGACCUAAAGGAUGAUGGUGCUGCUGCUAUUCCUGCACUGUCUGAUGACAAUGCCCCCGAAUCGCCCCCACAGCCUGUUCCUGACUCAGGGGAACUGAACAGUGCCCCAGCCACAGAAGAAAUCACAGCGCAGUCCUCGAGUCUGCCAGUGUCCCCCCCACAGCUCAGUCUUAAACAAACCAAGAAGACAAGGUUGAAGGCACCAAGGAAAAGCUCACCUGUGCAGAGGGAAGGGCUAGCAGUGGAAGCGGGGCUGGAGCUGAGCCUGGAUAGCAGUACCGCAGCCUUGCUCCCUGAGCAUGUGGAUGAAAACCAGACAGAGGAAGGGGAUGAUAGUGGGAACAGUUCUCUUAAAGAGAGCAGCAUACUGAAGGCACAGGAAGCUUCGCCACCAGCAGGAGAAAGCCUGUCUGGGAAGGGAAGCGAGCAGCCCACUGAGAAGGAGCAGAAAAGAAGUGAACGAGCCAGAAGAUCAGAAACUGCCAGGCCUGAAACUGUGAACUCCUCUGAGAGCAUUCCGGUCUCUGAUGAAGAUUCAGAUGCAAUGGUGGAUGAUCCUAAUGAUGAGGAUUUUGUUCCUUUUCGUACCCGACGCUCAACCCGUAUGUCCCUGCGCACUCAGAUGGCUCAGCGAGCCGCCCGCUCUACUGUUACCAAGAUGACUUGUGCCAACUGCCGGACCCCACUGCAGAAAGGCCAGACUGCCUACCAGCGUAAAGGACUCCCUCAGCUCUUCUGCUCCAGCUCCUGUCUCACCACCUUCUCAAAAAAACCACCUGGGAAAAAGAUAUGCACCUUCUGUAAAAAGGAAAUCUGGAACACCAAGGACUCGGUGGUUGCCCAGAUCGGUUCAGGUGGCUCUUUUCACGAGUUCUGCACCUCCGUCUGCCUCUCUCUCUACGAGGCCCAGCAGCAGAGACCGGCACCUCAGUCUGCAGAGGCCUCAGACACCAGCCGCUGCAGUGUCUGCCACAAACCCGGCGAGAUCCAGCACGAGGUCAGCAAUGGGAACGUGGUGCAUCGCAUCUGCAGCGACGCCUGCUUCACCAAGUUCCGGGCCACCAAGGGGCUGAAAACCAACUGCUGCGACAACUGUGGACUCUAUAUCUACAACAAGGGCUUGCCCCUGGAAUACCUCUUCCAUGAAGGCCAGCAAAAACGCUUCUGCAAUUCCACCUGUCUCAACAGUUACAAGAAGAAAAACACUCGGGUCUACCCGUGCAUGUGGUGCAAGACGCUGUGCAAGAACUUUGACAUGCUGCCCAACGUGGAUCGCAGCGGCAAGAUGGGCCUGUUCUGCUCCAUUUGCUGCACUACCUCCCACAAAGUGAAGCAGUCAGGCUUGGUUGGUCCCCCUAGACCCUGCAGCUUCUGCAGAAAGAGUUUAUCUGAACCCUGCUAUUACAACAAGACAGACCGGGUUGUCUACCAGUUCUGCAGCCCCAGCUGCUGGACCAAAUUCCAGCGCACCAGCCCAGAAGGAGGGAUCCACCUGAACUGCCAUUACUGCCACAAUCUUUUCAGUGGGAAGCCAGAGAUCCUAGAUUGGCAGGACAAAGUGUAUCAGUUCUGCUGCAAGGACUGCUGCGAGGACUUCAAGCGGCUACGUGGGGUAGUGUCUCAGUGCGAGCACUGCAAGCAGGAGAAGCUGCUGCAUGAGAAGAUCCGUUUCUCUGGGGUGGAGAAGAACUUCUGCAGCGAAGGUCAGACUUCUGAGCCAAAACCACCUGCCUCUUCCCCACAGAAAGCAGAGACUAACAUGUUGUCAGCAAAGACUUCCUCAGCCCAGAUGUCUCCAGCUGCGCCACCUCCCCCGCCCCCUCCAGUUCCAGCCACCCCUCGGAAGAACAAAGCUGCUAUGUGUAAACCACUGAUGCAGAACCGGGGCGUUUCCUGCAAAAUAGAAAUGAAGUCCAAAGGAUGUCAGACAGAGGCUGACUGGAAGCCCCAGGUGAUUGUGUUGCCAAUCCCCGUCCCGAUCUUCGUGCCUGUGCCUAUGCAUAUGUACUGCCAGAAAGUACCUGUGCCUUUCUCCAUGCCUGUCCCGGUGCCUGUGCCAAUGUUCUUGCCCACCACACUGGAGAGCACAGAUAAAAUCGUGGAGACCAUUGAGGAGCUGAAGGUGAAGAUCCCCUCCAACCCACUGGAGGCUGACAUCCUGGCCAUGGCUGAGAUGAUUGCAGAGGCUGAAGAACUGGACAAGGCCUCCUCAGACCUGUGCGACCUGGUGAGUAACCAGAGUGCAGAGGGACUCCUGGAGGACUGUGAUCUGUUUGGGCCAGCACGGGAUGAUGUGUUGGCUAUGGCCGUCAAGAUGGCAAACGUCCUCGAUGAGCCUGGCCAGGACCUGGAGGCUGACUUCCCUAAGAACCCACUAGACAUCAACCCCAGUGUGGAUUUCCUUUUCGACUGUGGGCUGGUAGGGCCAGAAGAUGUGUCCACAGAGCAAGACCUGCCUCGUGCUGUCCGAAAGGGGCAGAAGCGCCUGGUGCUCACUGAAAGCUGUUCUCGAGACUCAAUGAGCAGCCAGCCCAGCUGCACAGCGUUGAACUACUCGUACGGUGUGAACGCCUGGAAGUCCUGGGUGCAAGCCAAGUACGCAGGGGGAGAGACGAGCAAGGGAGAGGAGCUGCGCUUUGGUCCCAAGCCCAUGAGGAUCAAGGAAGACAUCUUGGCCUGCACAGCUGCUGAGCUCAACUAUGGCCUGGCCCAGUUUGUCAAGGAAAUAACACGGCCCAAUGGGGAGCGAUACGAACCAGACAGCAUCUAUUACCUCUGCCUCGGCAUCCAGCAGUACCUGCUCGAGAACAAUCGUAUGGUGAAUAUAUUUACAGACCUUUACUACCUGACCUUCGUGCAGGAGCUGAACAAGUCCCUGAGUGGCUGGCAACCCACAAUCUUACCAAACAAUGCAGUUUUCUCACGUGUUGAGGAGGAACACCUCUGGGAGUGCAAGCAGCUGGGUGUUUACUCGCCCUUUGUGCUCCUCAACACCCUCAUGUUCUUCAACACCAAGUUCUUUGGGCUGCAGACAGCGGAGGAACACAUGCAGCUGUCUUUCACCAAUGUGGUGCGCCAGUCCCGCAAGUGCAACACAGCCCGUGGCAUGGCGAAGGUGGUGAGCAUCCGCUACUAUGCUCCUGCCAAGCAGAAGAAAGGCCGAGAGGGCACUUCUGGAAAGCGGAAGCGCGAGGAGGAGAUGCCAAUCCUGGAGCAGCGGGAGAACAGGAUGAACCCUCUCCGAUGUCCAGUCAAGUUCUAUGAAUUUUAUCUCUCCAAAUGCCCCGAGAGUCUGCGGAACCGGAACGACAUCUUCUACCUGCAGCCCGAGCGGUCGUGCAUUGCCGAGUCGCCCCUCUGGUAUUCGGUCAUCCCCAUGGACAGGAGCAUGCUGGAGAGCAUGCUGAAUCGCAUCCUGGCCGUGAGGGAGAUCUACGAGGAG